UUUUCUUUUUGCAUUUGCCGGAACUCGGAUCCAAUCUCGCGAUCCCCAGCCUCCCCCCCCACACACGACGAUGCCAUCCCUAAAUGCGUUUAGAAACACCAAGCGGUGUACGCCCACGGGGCACCGGAUGGGCCACCCUUGGCGCCAAAACUCCACCACCAUGAAUCCUAUCGGCCAGUGCCUUGGUUUCUGUCGCCGACGGGAUCUCGCCCGACGCGUUGCUGUGCCAACCGGCCUACAAAAGCUCCCACCGCAAUUCAAUAGCUCUUUUCCGAGUAUCCAGCCUCGCGCAGAUAAAUCGUGCGCAGACCUAUCGCCACGCGACAUCAACAACGCGGAGGUGGGGACAGCCGCACCGCAAACGCAAUCGGUACCUACAGCAUAACUGGAUUCGGAUUCGAUAGCCUUACACGAUGGCGCGACUCAACCCCAACAGCCCCAUCAAACCCGCCAUCUUCCGGCCUCAGGCUAAGCCCAUCACCAAGACGGUCGUCCGCGAGGUCUCCCAGUACACGACCUCGUCUGCCUCCGAGGCAGAGGAUGAUCACCAGAAACAAUGGAUAGUCACCGCAAGGAACGGGGCCACAAAGAGUGAUCGCGCAGCAACAAUCGUAACCACUACUGAAAGACCCCAGCAGCAACAACAACAACAACAACAACGAAGAGUCAGACACCAACGGACUCCGACCGUCUCCAGUGGUAUAUUUGACAUCUUCUCAGAUAGCGACGGCGGGUUUAGCGAAACCGAGUACAGCAGCGCUCGAUCCUCGACCCGCUCCUUGUGCGAGCCAACACGGACAACGGAUCCUUUGAGACUGUCGCAGAUCAACUCUUUGUCCGCGGCCUCAUUGUCCCAACCACCGCCGUCCCCCCGGCGCAGUAGGCCAACAAGGAAGCAGGAGACCUACAACUACGACAAGGAGAAUGACCCCAUCGAGCACGAGCAAGAUGAGGAUCGCGAUGUGCCUUCGCUGUCGAGGAACCCCUCCGACGCAUCAUCGAGCCGCUCAACGACGCGCCGAUCAGCUGAUGCUCGACCGACACUUGGGAGAGGGACGACGAACAACCGUCAACGGCCCGCGAGCUAUCGCCGGUCGGAGCCCGAGUCUGCCGACGAUGAAAGCGAGCAAGACAAUGACGAAGACUCAAUGGCUGAUUUCAUUGUCAGUGACAAUGAAGACCUCAGUUACCACAACACGUCCGAGGAUGAAGCAGAGGAUGAGAUAGAGAAGCCCGCGCAGCCCUCACCCUCUCCACCAAGAACGGCAGCAAGAAAGAGAUUGUUCAGGGGUCGACGGCCAGCUCAAGUAGAAGCAGAGAUAAAAAAAGAUCUGCCAGAAGAUGCAGAUACCGUUGUUCCUUACAAUGUUAACCUGAAACUGGAACCGACUCUGCCAGUCAAGUUGACAAUGGUACCCCCAAAGCUCGAGGCCAAGCCCAGACGUCUCUUUCAGGACGAGAUCAAUAUCACUGAGAAGCUGAACCAUUUGCACCUGGAUAACAAUGACCCGGCCUCUCAACUUCAACAGGAACUAUUCACCUCCGGUCAAUACGAUGACUCUCCGGUCAAGAGAUCGCAGGCCAACAAAAGCAGUGCAUCGGCGACGGGAACGACGAGAACUAGCUCGACACCGCCAUCGAGUCCCUCCAAGGGACGCCUCCGAUCGCCUACCAAGGACAGACUUCGGGUACACAUUCCGCCCACCCCCCAUCGCGAGAGCGUAGACGCUUUCUGGACUGAGGAGGUAACCACCAACUGGAUCAGCCAGCACUCCCCUUGCAAGGUCGAGGACCUCCUCCGGGAGUUCGACGAGGAGUCCGACGCCGGAGUCAUCGACGUGGACAUCAUGCCCAGGGGAGCAACCCGCGGCAGCCAACUAUCCACCCCGACCCGCAAACCCCCGAGCAAGACGGCGCUCAAACGUGCUGAGACGGAGAAAAAGAAAGCCGAAAAGGCCCGCAAGCAAGCGUUCGACGACAGCAAGGCCGGUUUCGCAGCAGACUUCUUCAAGGCACUCGACGAUGCCGUGACUAAAGGCAAAGUCCAAGAACUCGCCGCCGCGACCGGGGGCGUUGAUAUCGUCUGGAGCAAGACGCUCCAGACUACCGCCGGCCGCGCCACCUGGAAGCGAGUGACGCCUAAGCAGCAGCGCGAGUCGGACGCCGGCUCCGACAAAGAGACCCCGAUGACGACCACCUCGGCUGCCAAACACUACGUCAAAAUCGAGCUCGCGGAGCGCAUCAUUGACUGCGAGGAGCGCAUCAUCAAGACCGUGGCGCACGAGUACUGCCAUCUCACAAACUACAUGAUCUCGGAAGUGCACGAUAACCCGCACGGGGAAAGCUUCAAGGCAUGGGGCCGGAAGUGCAUGGAGGCGAUGAAGGACCACCCCAUAUAUGGCGGUGGCCGCGUCGAGAUCUCCACCAAGCACAACUACAAGAUCGACUACAAGUAUGUGUGGAGCUGCGUGACCUGCACCCAGACGUACGGGCGGCACUCGAAGAGUAUCAACCCGCUACGGUCGCGGUGUGGUCGCUGCCAUGGGUUGUUGACGCAGAUCAAGCCUAAGCCGCGCAGUGUCUCCCCGCGGAAGAAGCAGCCGCUGUCGCUGCUCCCGAACUCGAAGGGGUUGCUGGCGGACGUGGCUAAAGCAAUGGAAGAGGUUGCUGCUGUGACUACUCUGGAUGAGUGAGAGGGGGCUCUGGGUAGCCACAUCUUUUUGGUAAAAAUAAUGAUUGGAUGGCGUUUGGUUUCUGGUGCUGCUUCAGCGAUCGCGUUGGUGUAUUUAUUUCGGGAUUUUGGUUUGUACUUAAUGAGAGCUGCCGACCUGGUGUUGGUGGUAGUAUGUAUGCUCGCUAGGC